AUGCCUUCCCUCAACAGCAGCUCGAAAACCAAGAUCCUCUUUCUCCAUGGGUUUGCUCAAAGUGGCAAGAUCUUCGAGGCCAAAACCUCUGGCUUUCGCAAAAACUUGAAGAAGAGCAUUCCCAACGUCGAGAUGGUGUAUGUCGAUGGCUCUAUCAAGCUCUCUAAGACAGAUUUCCACUUCGACUCCAUCUCCAAGCUCGACUCGACCAGAGGUGGUGAGCAGAUCAACUACUAUGGUUGGUGGACGACGCACGACGACUCUAUUUCUGAGAGCCAGUUCCACAGCAACACCAUUGCCUAUCUCCAGAGAGUCUUCAAAGAACAGGGCCCCUUUGAUGGUGUGAUAGGCUUCUCCCAGGGAGCUGCCAUGGCUGCAAUUGUCGCCAGCAGCAUUUCGUUGUUCGACCCCAGCAACGUCUUGAAGUUUGCCAUUGUCUUCAGUGGCUUUCCCUUGAAGUUUGAAAACCUCCAGCGCAAGUACUUGGGGAAGAGAAUUACCAUUCCCACCCUCCACAUCUUUGGUGAGUUGGACACUGUGAUUCUGAACGAGGCCUCUGAGCUUUUGGUGACACAGUUCUGUAAGAGCAACACUGUUACAGUGUACAGGCAUCCCGGUGGUCAUUUUGUUCCCAACAACAAGUUUAUUGUUAACAACUGGAUCAAUUGGAUCAAGGUGACUCUCAAGGAACAAGACAGUAAAAGACAGGCUGAGGAAAAAGGCGAUCCAGUCGACAAUCUACUAGAUGAAAUAGAUAACUUUUUCUGA